AUGGGCUCACAUCAGAUUGAGCAGGUCGAUGUCCUGCUCGUUGGAGCUGGCUUUGCCUCUUUCACUUUGCUGAACCGCCUGCGAAAUCUCGGCUACAGUGUUCGCAUCUUUGAGAAGGGAGGGGCCAGUGGCGGUAUUUGGUACUGGAACUGCUAUCCCGGUGCCCGUGUGGAUACCGAUACGCCCAUCUACCAGCUGUUUGAUAAGGAACUAUGGGAAGAUUUCACCUUCAAGGAGCGAUACCCGGGAUGGCAGGAUCUUCGUCGCUACUUCAAACACGUCGAGAAGAAGUGGAAUAUUCGUGACUACACCUCUUUCAACAAGAACGUGGACAGCGCUAUCUUUGAUGAAGGUCGCCAACAGUGGUUGGUUGAGUGCGCGGACGGAACCGAAAUCUAUGCCAAGUGGUUCAUCCCCUGCAUCGGGUUCGCCAGCAAAAGAUAUACGCCUCCGUUCCCCGGUCUCGGUAACUUCAAGGGCGAUAUCUACCAUACUGCCGUGUGGCCCCAGCACGGUGUAAAUUUGAAGGGCAAGCGCGUCGCUGAAAUCGGCACCGGUGCCUCUGGAAUCCAAGUCAUUCAGGAGAUUGGUCCAGUCGUGAAGGAGUUGACCGUUUACCAGAGAACACCUAAUUUGUGCCUGCCGAUGAACCAGCGCAUGCUCGACCCUCAAGAAGAGGAGGAGAAAAAGAAAAAUGGCUGGUAUGAGACGGAGAUGGAGAAGACCCGCGACACUUUUGCCGGCUUUAGCUAUGACUUUAUGGAGAAAAACACCUUUGAUGACACGGCUGAAGAGCGUGAAAAGGUCUACCACAACCUCAUGGUUGAGGAGGGUGGUUUCAAGUUCUGGCUUGCGACAUACAAGGACAUGCUGUUCGACCUCAAAGCCAAUGAACCCGCUUACAAUUUCUGGCGCCAGCAGGUCUUGAAACGCGUCAAGGACCCCGAGAAGCAAAGACUUUUGGCCCCCGAGGUCGCACCCCAUCCGUGGGGCACCAAACGCCCAUCCCUUGAACAGAGGUUCUACGAAGUGGUUGAUCAACCCAAUGUGAAGAUCAUCGAUGUUAAUGAGAACCCAAUUGAAGAAGUCACGGCCACUGGUCUCAGAACCAAACAGGGGCUGGUCGAGGUGGACGUCAUCAUCCUGGCCACCGGCUUCGACUCGGUCACGGGUUCGCUGGCUCAACUCAAUAUCCAAGGCACCAAGGGUGGCACAAUUGCCGACCACUGGAAAGACGGCACCAAGACCGCCAUGGGGAUCGCCAUGCCCGAAUUUCCCAAUAUGUUCUUCUUGUACGGACCCCAGGCACCCACGGCCUUUAGCUCAGGCCCUACGUGCACGCAAUUCCAAGCCGAGUGGGUUGAGAAGACGUUCAAGAUGAUUCAGGACAAGGGCAUAACCAGGCUUGAAGCCACACCAGAGUCAGAGGAAGACUGGUGCAAGAGGAUGAAUGAGAAAUGGAAUGCGACUCUGUUCCCCUUAGCCAAGAGUUGGUACCAGGGCGCGAACAUCCCCGGCCGCAAAGUCGAACCCCUGAACUGGUCCGGUGGAUUGGUUGAAUACGUCAACACUUUGAACCGCAGUCUAGAGAACGAUAUGCAGGGCUGGAAAUACUCCACUGCUACGGCAUGA